UAGAAGUGGCUCGUCUCUGCUAAAUAUUCUCUGGUUCCGCAUUCCAGCGCGCUCAGCGAUACUUAAACACACUGAUGCAACACGAAUCAUAUCACAAACGCACUGAACGGUCGAACAAUCACGGUCUCGCCGCAGAAAACCACUCUCUCUUUCUCUGUCAUCAGCAAUGAUGCCCGGUCAUAUCCCUGAUCCAAUGGUUCCAGCCGGUUCUCUGCCCAGUGUCGGCCCAUUGGCUGGCAUUCCCGCCACUACUCUCACAGACCAGCUCAAACUAGCAGAACUCUACAGACUAGGUGCAGUUUUGUCUCCUCUCAGCAUCCUGAACAGACACGCCAAGAGACCGCUCGGUGUCAUCAAGGGUGAGACAGAUGACAAUGAAGAACGCAGGAAAAGAAGGCGAGAAAAAAAUAAAGUUGCAGCCGCUCGCUGUCGGAACAGAAGGAAAGAAAAAACAGACUUUCUACAGAAGGAGUCAGAACAGCUGGAGAUGUUGAACUCGGCGCUGAAAUCUCAAAUUGAGAAGCUGAAAUCAGAGAGACAUCAACUCAUUGUGAUGCUUAACCACCAUAGGCCCACCUGCAUCGUCCGAACAGACAGUGUGAAAACCCCAGAGGGAGACGAACACGUUGUGGGUCAUCUCACAGAUCAGUCUGACUGAAACGAGAGAGAGAGACAAGCAAACAUACCAAAAACUGAACCACAUUUGUCUGCAUUAUGCAUUAGAACGGCAGUAUGCAGCAGAUGCGAGGAAGAAACGGAAGAUGGAACUUGUUCUUGAGACCACAGCAGGAUUAACAUUUAUUGUCCGACAAAAAGUGAUAACAGAACUCUACAAAGGUCUGUGGUCGGAAAUGUAAUGUGAAAAUAUCUCUUUCUAUGGCAAACCAUGGAAUUGUCCAUCAGUUUACAUAGCUACGUUCACACAGUCAGUGUUUGGGAUUGAUAACAGUGACAUACUGUCUGUUUGAACGAAUAACCAAAGUCAAGCCCUUUCUUCUCUUACAACUGUCAAUCCCAAACAUGAGCAGUGUAAACAAAGACCUUGAGUAGAAAAGGGAACCGGUAAAGUCUGCUUGUCUGCUGUGUGGAUACAAAGCAACCUUUCCCUGAGAUUAAUGAAAAGAGUUAUGGAUCUCUGCAAACACUGCCAUAAAAUUCCCUGAUAGCAGGUGUGUCUUUACUGUUGAGAAACAAGUGUAGCAUCUUUCAGUUGUUUAUUUGAUUGUAAAUAAGAUUUUACCUUGGUACUGUGCAUGAAUGCCAAAUUCUCACAGUAGCCACCAGAGGGCGCUGUCGGAUCAACUCCAUUGUUCAGUGACUCUGGCGUCUUGUUUACAGUUGUUUGCAUUAAUACAGUACAUGUAUACCGCACUCUGUUUAUGAUAUGUAAUCAUUUAUAUUGUGCUAUCAUAUGAUAAGUUAUGUAUUUGUAUAUUCACGAUGCCUGUGGAACAGGCACUUUUUUUUUACUAAUGUUGGGCAUCAAAAUAAAACCUAUUUUUUAAAAACA